CAGAAAUGGAGUAGAGGAGAUAAUACGAUGCACAGUACAUCGAAUCAAUUCAUUAUCAACAACUUUCACCUUUCAAUUUUUAUCGGUACUGCUCAAUAGCUGUGACAUCUGAAUUCUGAAUUGGCCGCAUUCUGAUUGAAAAGGGUCGCAAAGAAUCUCCUCGCGCUGGCGGGGGACAGCAUCUGCAGUCAUGGCCGAUGCGAAGUUUGAGCUAGCAGCACAUAAAGCUGCUGCCAGCAGAUAUCAGGCUCAGAUGCACACUGCCACAACCCGCGAUGAAGCAGUCCAAUGGGCAAUCAAGGCAGCCGAGAGCCUCAUGGAAGCCGUGAAGGUAUCAAGGGUAGAUUCAGAGAGACAAGAUCUCAAGAAACAAUGCCGGGAAGUCAUGGAUUUCGGCCAACGUGUAAAACAAUCCGAGGAAUGGGCACCGCAACAGGCUACUUGCUCAACUUCGACCACCCAGCCCGCUCAGAAUCGCCCGUCACCAGGAAAUGCAUCAAAACUAGAGGAAAGACAGGAGAUCGCCUCGUUUAGUGAAACCAGCAAGAAGCAUCGAGCCGAAAAUUCUACUGAAUCCAGAAAUAUAACUAAUUUGACUGCUUCUGCCACCUACAAUAUGCAAACUCUGGAUAUAUCAGGAUCAUCCAAAACGACCACUACAAACCAACGAACAAGUAAUGAGCAAUCACGGUAUACGCAGUCAAGAAUGGAUCCAGCUUCUACCAGCCAAACAGCACAGCUCACGACUUAUCCAAACAAUACGGAUGUCCCACUCACGAAGGUGCUUCGCGUCAAGCAGUUACCUGCUCCCGCAUCAACGCGGAAACUAUCAAAACGAGAGACUAUAAUUAUCUGGCAAGCAUCGGCCGUGAACGGUUUUAAGUUCCCUCCAUGGGAAAAACCGCCUGCCACGUCAGACUUUGCUCAUUCGGGAGCUCCAUUUAUCGAUUCUCCCACCCUGAAUCUUUCACCGCAUCAGCAGGAGCUCUUUGCUGGGUGGGUACGAUCUCGUGAUGCACUACCACCCCCAUCGUUUACAACCGGUCCAGCCGGGAUUGGCGUUGACUCGACGGAGCCUUCAGCCUCUAUCGACCUGGUACAGGAUGCUGCCACAGAUUGUUCAGUAGUUGCUAGCUUGUGUGCUAUUGUCGCCCGAGAUGCACGUGGCCACAGCCAGAUGCUAGCUAACAUCAUCUGGCCAAGUGCCUCUGGUGAGCCUCUUGAUUCGCCGAACGGCAAAUACAUGUUUCGCCUCAAUGUCAAUGGAUGUUGGCGAAAAGUGGUGAUAGACGACCGUCUCCCACUGUCGAAUUCGCACCGUUUACUGCAUGUCAUUGAUCGGAACAACCCUAGUACUGCCUGGCCUGCAUUGUUAGAAAAGGCAUACCUUAAAGUAUGCGGCGGAUACGACUUCCCAGGAAGCAAUUCGUGUAACGAUCUGUGGACCCUUACUGGCUGGAUUCCUGAGCAGAUCUAUUUACAGGAGACUGACACUGUGCCUGAUCAACUCUGGAAUCGAGUGUUCAAAGGCUUCCUGUACGGGGACGUGCUUGUCACGGCCGGGACGGGCAAACUCACCUCACGGCAAGAGCGAGAUCUAGGGCUGGAAAGUCAGCAUAGUUACGCUAUUCUCGAUAUGAAAGAAACGGAAGAGGAUCAAUUUUUCCUUGUGAAGAAUCCGUGGGUCGAAGGCAAAGGCUGGCGUGGCCGAGCUCCUUCAAUAGUUCCUGGACUUCAGCCUCAGGUGACAGAUGCCGGGACCAAAACCGCAAGUGGAACUAAGCACCCUACGACCUUUUGGAUAUCCCUGCACGAUGUUAUCAGGCACUUUGAGAGUCUGUAUCUGAACUGGAACCCUGGCCUAUUCUCUCAUCGGCAAGAUGUUCACUUCGAAUGGCCCAUUGAGCAUCAACGGAAGUCCGGCCGUUGCGUGUUUAGAAACCCGCAAUUCUCAGUAUCGGUCAGGAAAACAGAUGAGGUCUGGCUACUGUUGUCGCGACAUGUUCGUGAUGCCAUCGUAAAGAACAAGCCUGACUCGAACGCGGCCGCGGGAGACGAUCAAUUACAAACCCAGCAAUAUACUACCAAUGAGCCGCUUCCAGGAUACAUCAGCGUGUAUGUCUGUGACGGCAAUGGCGAGCGAGUAUACAUGAAAGAGUCGUAUCUGGAGCACACGCCGGAAGUGAAUACACCCCAGGCACUCUUGCGAUGGCGGGCCCAUGCUAAUUCAACCUACACGGUUGUUGUUGAGCAAGAUGAGCUACCGCCUUCGACAUACUCGUUUUCAUUGUCAGCCUUCUCCGGGUCUGCGAUAUCUCUGGAACCUGUCAUCUCGAGAUAUAGCUUCAGCAAGGUGAUCGAAGGCGAGUGGACCAAACAAACUGUCGGUGGGACUGUUGAUCUACCAACCUACUUCUACAAUCCACAGUAUACCCUCGAGGUGAAAAGUAGGUGCUCUGUCGCUAUUCUUCUCCGAAGCGUGGACCAUUCUCAUCCAAUGCACGCCACUCUUGCGAUGGGCGACGGGAAGCGACUCUUCCGCCUACAGACUCGGGAUAUUCUUGCCGACUCUGGCGGUUAUCGCGACCAGGCAGUAUUUGCAGAGAUACGCGAUCUUGAGCCAGGAGUAUAUACCAUCAUUUGUUCGCUCUUUGAAGCCGGCAAGAGUGGCGGAUUUGUUCUUCAAGUCGAUAGCACCAGCGAAGUAGUGGUGAAGCAAGUACCACGGGAGGGCGCAGGCCUGAUACCCUAUUAUGGACUCGAACCGGCCUGCUUCGGUCCUGAGAUGGACAGGUUGGCCGCUCCGGUACAACUCCAUAGGCUUGCCAGGUUCAGCAUCGUGGCUCAAUUCUUACGAGCCAGGAGCCCGCAAGCAUACGACUUGGGCCUCCAGGCACGGAGCCCGUUGCUCCUGAGCGUCGAAAUGGGACGCGGCCCCGAGAAACGGAUUGUCGUACAGAGCGAAGGAGGACAGCACUCGGAUUCGCUCACUAUUCGUACGGGGAGUUUCGAUCUCAGCCUCAACGAUCAGGAUGGAAAGCAUCUCUGGCUCGUUCUAGACCGACUAUCGAAACCCAGCGGACCGGUGGAGGAGUUGUACGAGGUAAAAGUAUGGACAGACGUGCCUAACGCGUGCCGUAUUGGCAGCUGGCAGGCGUGGGACGAUUAAGACAAAUGUGGCAUUCUGCACUUGUUCUUACAUUUGUCGGGUAGAUGCAUGGUACAUGGCGUGUUUCUCACAACUGAUAGCAUUAACAUGUGCCAAAUGGCUUGAGACAAAUGAGACAAGGACUCGAACGUGCUUAAUUUGGUGAGGUCAAUCAUGCCUAUCGGGAUCUUCUUACGGAGAACGUACCUAGUGGACGAGUGGCUU